AUGGCCCGCCGUGGACGCAGCCUUGUGAUGAGCAUCUGCCUGGCCUCAGUGGCAUUGAUGGCAUGCUGGCAGUUCGUGGCGCCCGUGUUCGUGCAGCCCAAGACCAACAGGGGCCUGGAGGCAGCUGCGCCGGCAGCCAUGGGCGCACUCGUCUCGAUGGCCUCGUCUUUGCCUGCUGAGGCAACGGUGCCCGCCAAGGGCCCACUUUACGGCACGGAGCUGUGCACCAAGCCGCUGAUCUACCUCAUCUACCCGCUUUGCGAGCCUGUCUUCCUGGUGUGCCCCCUCUACAACUUUCCGAUUGUCUUGGGCUUCUUCGCCGCCCUCGUUACGGUGAUCAACCUCAUCCUGCCCGAGACCCAGCCUGACGAGGACCUGAGGGUUGGCUGA